UAGCCCUGCCCAUCGGUUCGUAUUUUCCUUGCGCGCACUCGAGUUUCUUUGACACAAAGCGCGCUCCCGCGGGACAUCAUUGCUCAUGAAUGUAUAAUACAAUUGUCCAGCUGUGAGUGACCCAAGAAGUGAGUAUGGCAGGGGGACGCCGGGGCCCUAACCGGACGUCAUACUGCCGGACUCACCUUUGUGAUCCUGGAGCAUCAGGGGGUGCUGUCCAUGGAGCAAACCCUACUGUCAGUGGUGUGCGGUCACGAGCAAGGAGUAGCUCUAGCACUGGCCUGUCCAGCCCUCCUCUGGCAACUCAGACCGUUAUCCCUCUGCAGCAUUGCAAAAUCCCUGAGCUGCCUGUUGACCGUCACCUCCUGUUUGAGCUCCAGCUUUUCUUUUGCCACCUGAUCGCCUUGUUUGUGCACUACAUAAAUAUCUACAAGACUGUCUGGUGGUACCCACCCUCCCAUCCUCCAUCACACACAUCUCUGAACUUUCAUCUCAUUGAUUUUAAUGUGCUGACACUUACAACCAUUGUUCUAGCAAGAAGGCUAAUUGGUGCAAUUGUACGUGAGGCCUCCCAAGGAGGAAAGCUGUCAUUACCACAUUCUCUGCUGCUGGUUGCCACACGGUUUGCAGUGCUGACCGGAACUGGCUGGAGUCUAUGCCGCUCAAUUAUUCUCCUGUUUAGGACCCACUCGUUUCUCAACUUGCUUUUCCUGUGCUACCCGUUUGGUAUGUACAUCCCUUUCUUGCAGCUGGGCUGUGAUUUCAGACGCUCUGGGAUUUUCUCACCUGUGCCUGGUUCCCAUGUUAGUGGAGAACUGGGGUCUGUGGAGAAAGGAGGGCGGGAUUACCUGACAAUAUUGCAGCACAUGUGGAGAUUACAUAUGCCCAGCACUGAGCCACUUCCUACACACGCAUGCUGCCUUUCACCUGACCUGAUCCGCAGUGAGGUACACUACUUGAAGCUGGACUUUAACUGGCGUGUACGAGAGGUGCUUCUCAGCUCGAUGCUGUCUGCUUACUACGUGGCAUUUGUGCCUGUCUGGUUUGUGAAGAGCACACAGUAUUAUGAUAAGAGAUGGUCCUGUGAACUCUUCCUUCAAGUAUCCCUGAGCACUUCUGUCAUUCUUACCCAACAUCUCCUACCUGCGCGCUACUGUGACCUUCUUCACAAAGCUGCAGCUCACCUAGGCUGCUGGCAGAAGGUGGAUCCUGCUCUUUGCUCUAAUGUACUGCAACACUCGUGGAUGGAAGAGUGCAUGUGGCCACAAGGGGUGCUGGUUAAACACAACAAGAAUGUCUACAAAGCUGUUGGUCAUUACAAUGUGGCUGUUCCUUCUGAUGUAUCCCAUUUCCGCUUCCAUUUCUUUUUCAGUAAUCCCCUGCGUGUCCUGAAUAUUUUAACAGCCUUAGAAGGAUUUCUGAUCUUUUACCAGCUAUACUCACUCCUCUCUUCAGAGAAGUGGCACCACACAAUUUCUCUGGCCCUCAUACUUUUCAGUAAUUACUACGCCUUUUUCAAACUGCUUCGUGACCGCAUUGUCCUGGGCAAAGCAUAUUCCUAUUCUAAUGCCUCAGAUAUUGAGCAGAAACUGAACUGACAUGUUCUCCACUUCGGCCAGAGCUCUGUAUUUUUGUUACAAUUGCUUUGUUUCUUUGUGUAAUUAAAAGGAAGAGCUUAUUUUUUUACUCUGA